AUGUCGAAUAAUAAAAUCCAUAUUCCUUAUUUUUUUGAUAACAAUAAAAACAUAAUGGCUUUCAAUAGAUCAUCAAUUGAAAGUCAGUCCGAACCGCAAGAAGUCACUAUUCCUUUAUUCCAACCAACAACUUCAGACGUUCAAUCUCAAACAUUCAUUUUGCAAAAUAAUUUGAAUAAUGUGCAACACACAACAGUUAUUAAUAAUUUAUCAUUGAUUGACCCGCAUGUUUUAGAGGCUUUGCCUCAAAGCCAAGCAACAAAAUACCACAAGAAUAUUGCAGCUGUUUAUGCACAAUAUCUUUCACAUUUAUCAGUUCCCAAUUCUGGUUACAUGUUUGGUGAAGAUUUCACACGGCAGGCUAUGAAAAAG